AACUCAACUCAACUCAACUGCUCUGCUCUGCUUCUAUUCUUUCUUCCUACUGCUUCCUUCCUUUAUUUAUAUCCAAAGUGUAACUAAAGUCACUUCUCCGUACGUACUCAUUUCAACUCCACCAAUUACAAAACAAAACCACAAGAAUCAUUCACUCUCUCCCACCUUCUAAUUUUUGUUUAGUAUAAAUAAUAUUGUAUUGGAACUUAAGAACAAGUUGCUCUGCUCUCUCGGUAUUCUUGCUGUCUUCUCUCUCACGCCUUCUCCGAUCGGAGUUUCAUCCUCAGAUUUGUGUUUGAAAAGCUGCAAAUAUGCACGGGAACCAGUUGCUUCUCGAGGAGCCUAUAAGGAUGGCUUCGAUUUUGGAGCCUUCUAAGCCUACAGCUUAUCCUUCGAUGACGAAGAUAGUUGGGACACUUGGUCCGAAAUCGCGUUCUGUCGAGAUCAUUUCUGAUUGCCUGAAGGCAGGAAUGUGUGUGGCAAGGUUCGAUUUUUCAUGGGGUGAUAUUGACUUUCAUCAAGAGACAUUGGACAAUUUGAAGAAAGCAGUCAAGAGUACUAAUAAGCUCUGUGCAGUUUUGUUAGACACAGUUGGUCCCGAGUUGCAGGUUGUUAACAAAGCUGAGCAUCCCAUCUCCCUUGAAGCAGAUACUUUGAUUGUCCUAACACCAGAUCAAGAAAAAGAGGCCACCUCAAAUCUUUUACCCAUAAAUUUUAGCGGACUGGCAAAGGCAGUGAAGAAGGGUGACACUAUUUUUAUUGGUCAAUACCUUUUCACAGGGAGUGAAACAACUUCCGUGUGGCUAGAGGUAACUGAGAUAAACGAAGAAGAUGUGGUUUGUCUCGUUAAGAAUUCUGCUACCUUGGCUGGAUCAUUGUAUACUUUGCAUGUUUCUCAAAUUCGUAUUGAUCUUCCUACACUCACAGAUAAUGAUAAGAAGGUUAUAAGCACAUGGGGCGCUAGGAAUAAAAUAGAUUUCCUCUCGUUAUCAUAUACCCGGCAUGCUGAAGAUGUUCGCUGUGCUCGAGACUUCCUCUCUAAAUUAGGCGAUCUCAACCAAACUCAAAUUUUUGCGAAGAUUGAGAAUAUAGAGGGAUUAACUCAUUUUGAUGAGAUUCUACAAGAAGCAGACGGUAUCAUUCUCUCUCGUGGAAAUUUGGGGAUAGAUCUGCCACCAGAAAAGGUAUUUUUAUUUCAAAAAGCUGCUGUCUACAAGUGCAAUAUGGCUGGAAAGCCAGCUGUGGUGACUCGUGUUGUAGAUAGUAUGACUGAAAAUCUGAGGCCCACACGUGCUGAAGCCACAGAUGUUGCAAAUGCAGUAUUGGACGGGACCGAUGCAAUAAUUCUCGGUGCUGAGACUCUUAGGGGCUUCUACCCUGUGGAGACUAUUUCCAUUGUCGGAAAGAUUUGCGCUGAGGCAGAGAAGGUUUUCAAUCAAGAUCUGUAUUUCAAGAGGACUGUGAAAUAUGUUGGCGAACCUAUGACCCAUUUGGAAUCUAUUGCAUCCUCAGCAGUACGUGCAGCAAUUAAAGUAAAGGCUUCUGUAAUUAUUUGCUUCACUUCAUCUGGGAGAGCUGCAAGGUUGAUUGCAAAGUAUAGGCCAACAAUGCCUGUAAUUUCUGUAGUUGUCCCUAGGCUAAAGACAAAUCAACUCCGCUGGACUUUCACUGGUGCUUUUGAGGCGAGGCAAUCACAAAUUAUCCGAGGCCUUUUUCCCAUGCUUGCAGAUCCCCGGCAUCCUGCUGAAUCUACUAAUGCAACAAACGAGUCUAUUCUAAAAGUUGCCUUGGAACAUGGAAAGGCCACUGGUGUUAUAAAGUCACAUGAUCGAGUCGUCGUUUGCCAGAAAAUUGGCGAUACAUCUGUGGUGAAGAUCCUUGAGCUGGAAGAUUAGAAUUAGCACUGGAUUUUGGUUUUUUGGAGAUAUAUAUUAUUAUCUGUUUUACUUGCUGUGGCUGAGUAGCUCCAAAAUAAGUGAAGAGAAACGUUGAAUGAGGAUCAGCACCUAAGUUUCUGGUGUUGAUGCUCAGCUUCACUCAAUCGUUAAAUUAUUUUCAGCCUUUUGUGUAUAAUGUAUGGUUACAUACUGUCCACAAAGGAGCUUAAUUUUUCCUUCAAAUUAUUGUUAAUUAUAUUCGGAAACCCAACUAAUUUCUA